GUCAUCGGUGGCGGUCCGAGUCUCAACCGUCUUGCGUUCGACCAUAGCCUACCUUCAACCACAACACACUCAAACGCGCUUGAAAUCAUACCUUCGCUAAACUCGAUGUUGUGGUUACAGAUAGCAACCCAACUGGGCAUCGCCCUCCUCACCUUCAUCACGCACACCCAGACAUACGGCAAUCUCUACAUACCCCUGACGAUCGGAGAUUUCAUCGACGCUGCAGUCCCCCACAUCCUCUUUAUCGCCGACCACGCCGCGCACUCACUCCUAGCCUCCUCUGUCCCUUCCCUCCCUGCUCCUCCUAUUCGCCAUGGGAUCUCAGCCCCACCGAAGACGGUAUUAUCCAAGGACCUGAUACUGUGGACGCCCGUUGGGCUCCCGGUGUCUGCGGGCCUUCACUUGCCGACCCUCACGGCAGCGCCCAUCCCGUGCCUGUUGACCAUCACGGAGAUGCGCACCCACGGGUUGGGGCCACAACUCGAAUACCCGACGAAGGAUCUUGUCGUCUGGGAGGGGCACACAGGCGAACUGGUUGAUGCAUCCGGGUCGACGUACUUUGUCACGAGCGGCAUCCUGGCCAUCGCCAUCAUAUGCGGUGCAUGCAUGAUUGUGAACGCAUUCCGUAGUCAGUACAUUACGAUACUCCGGGCAUCUUUCAAGGCAUACCUAUGGUCCAUCUUGUUCACUGGCAUUCCCAAUGCAGAUGCCGGUGCAGCCCCGCCGUCCAACGUCGAGCUCGCGUGGGACGGCGAGGAUGCAUCGGUCGACGUCUCUGACCGGGAACUGGCUACCGGGGUCAUCAAUGGCUCGAACGCGCAUGUCCGCCACAAUAAGGCACCGACCAUGUCCUUAUACCCAGACACAGUGGCCGCUCAUCUCGAUGACGGUCAAGCUGUAGAUACCCAGGAUAUACGGUGCACAGAACGUGCGCAGGCGGGGACGGGAAUCGAAGCAACUGGCCCACACCCCCCAGCUAGGAUUCAUGGGCAAGACCUCUUGAUACCAGACGUGGCACUGCUUCCGCAAGAUCCUCAGUCAAGCUCGUCCACCCCUCCGCUACCAUCUGCCUCUCAGCCUGUAUCGCCCUCCCAUGACGUCGCCAUCUCGUUCGGCACGCUCCUGGUAGCAUCUACGCAGGAAAUGUGCGACAGUUAUGAGAGGCGGUGCAAGGAAAUCCUCGACAGCGUACAAAAGCAACUUCUGGAACUUCUGAAAAGGAACACGCACACACCACAGGGCAUGGACUACGCCCAGCAGCACCACACGAUCUGCAUUGAACGGAAUAGCCAAAUCAACUCGUUGCGAACGCAGGCGGAGGAAGCGCGUGAGCGCCUUACUGAGUUCAACGAGGCGAUUGCCGAAUCCAAGGCCUGGUGUGACGACCUCGUUUCGGGAUACAACGGGCUGGAACUGGAGCUUGAACAGGAGCUUGCGCUUGAGCGCGCGACUGCCACGAAAGAAGUCAAACUACUAGCGCAAGAGUCUGAACGGCUGCGUUUCGCACGUACACAGCUGAUGGCGGAGCUCUCGCGACAGCGGGCGGAGCUCGGUCUCCCAAAGGAAGAACACACACGCACCGAGGAGGAAUGCCAGAUGGAGCACCUCCGUGAUAAUGUGGGGCCGACCGACCUGGAGGAGCGAGAGGCACGACCGGACGAGGGUGGGAGUGUGCAAGUCACGCGAGAGCAGCUCGACUACGGCAUUCAGGUAGAGCAGGAGGCCUGGGAUGAGCCAAUUGUGGAAGGGACUGAAGAACAGGAGGACCAAGACGCACAGGAGGAUCAGAUGAUGUUGAACGGUCAACUCAGGGAGAGCGAGAACUUCGGAAACGUCGAGCAACCCGAGCUAGAGAAGGUCCGCAAGGCGCUUGACCAAGAGGCCGAGGAAGAGAGCGGCAAUAUGCGACAGACGCAGCUGUUGCAAAGCGACGGGACGCCAUCGGAUGAGCGCGACGACGCACACGAUCCAUUGGAUGAGCAAAGUGGCGUAGCCGAGCAGGAUCGUGCAGAGCAGCUGGGAGAUUACCUGGAAGACAGCGGGGAGAGAUUCUACAAGUUUCUGAGGGAGAUGACUAGCAGGGCAGGGGACGAGCGAGACCAGGAGAGCACGACUGGCGAGGACGCCGAGCGUCAGAUCAGCGAGCCAGACGCAGACGAGGAGAGCGAGGCAGACAGUGAUCAAGCGCAGCGAACAGACGACCUGACAGCCUGGCGGAGAGUGCGAAGAGUGCUAAGAGCGUUAUGGACAAUGUGA